AUGACUUCCAAAGAAGAACCCAAGCCCUCCUCGGGGGAAGAACGGCGGCGGAGCCCCUUGGAUCACCUCCCACCGCCGGCCAACUCCAACAAGCCCCUCACCCCCUUCAGCAUCGAGGACAUCCUCAACAAGCCCUCGGUGCGGAGGAGUUACACCCUCUGCGGAACGGCCCACCUCCUCUCCGCCGCCGAGAAGCACCCCCCGGCCGGGCUGCCCCUCUCCGGCCGGGCGCUGCUCUCCCAGACCUCGCCCCUCUGCGCCCUGGAAGAGCUGGCCAGCAAGACCUUCAAGGGGCUGGAAGUCAGCGUGCUGCAGGCGGCCGAAGGCCGGGACGGGAUGACCAUCUUCGGGCAGCGGCAAACGCCGAAGAAGCGUCGGAAGUCGCGGACGGCCUUCACCAACCACCAGAUCUACGAGCUGGAGAAGCGGUUCCUCUACCAAAAAUACCUGUCGCCCGCGGACCGGGACCAGAUCGCCCAGCAGCUGGGGCUCACCAACGCCCAGGUCAUCACCUGGUUCCAGAACCGCCGCGCCAAGCUCAAGAGAGACCUGGAGGAGAUGAAGGCCGACGUGGAAUCGGCCAAAAAGCUGGGCCCCAACCCCGCCGUGGACAUCGUGGCCUUGGCCGAGCUGGAGCCCAGCGCCGAGGGAAGGGGCAAGGCGCGGCCCGGGUCCCCGCCGCCGCCCCCCGCCGCCGCCCGGGAGCCCGGCGCUCCGCCGCCGCCCCGCCCCGCCUCGCCCCCCACGGAGCGGCCCCGCAGCCGCCGGGACAGCGAGGAGGAGGAGGAAGAGGAGGAGGAGGACGUGGAGAUCGACGUGGAUGACUGA